UAUAUAAAGUUGUGUCUUUUUAUUCUCCUCACUUUCUCUCUCCUCAACAUCUUUUCUUCUUUGUCUGAAUAGUUCAAGAUAUUUUACUCCUUUCGAAUAUUAAAGUAGGUAACUUUGAAGAGUAAUUCUACAGAUAAAAAGAUGGCUCUAGUCUCAGGUGUAAGAUCAACGCUGAAUCCCAAUGCCCCAUUGUACAUUCCUGCUGCUUUUCGACAGGUUGAGGACUUUUCACCUGAAUGGUAUGACUUGAUCACUACCUCAAUGUGGUUCCGGGAUUAUUGGCUAAGUCAGCAUCAAGAAGCUGAAAUGUUGUAUGGCAACAACGUGAACAAUUUUGAAGAGAACGAUGUUGUUGACUUGCUUCCUGAUGAAAUCGAUAUUGGUGUUGAUGAAGAGUUGUUGCUCAUGGAGUCUCAGUUUGAGGAGUUCAUCAAAUCUACCGGGACUCAGGAAAGCAAGCUUUUACCCAGAGAAGCCUUGGUUGAUGUGAAGUCAGGAUUCAAGUUCUCGGAAAAGCCCGUUCAGAAGUAGAGGGUCAUAGGUGGGAGCAGUUUUGCUCCUUGCUAACAAUAUGAUUCUCUUUUAAUAGCUGUAAUUUCUGUACAGAGCCAGGUUGAAGCUCUUGUAUGAGUUCCUUGUUCAUGCCUUUUCUUUUCUUCAGAAAAUCAAGAAACUUUUCGAGCAAGUGUAGAAUGUAGAAAGAGAGUAAAAUUGUAUGAUAUUUAAGAAAAAUGACGCGAGAUUACUUUCAAAUCUUCAUAUUGGCCUCUUAUUCUA